UUGAUAGCUAAUCUCUGAUGGUUGGUUUAUUGCUGGCAUCGAUGAGUAUAUUCGCCAGCGCGCCGAAGCGGAGAAGUCAUUGAAAAUACCGCCGUACUAUGUAUAUCUCUUCGAGCAUCGUAGCCCAGCAAGUUUCUCAGAGCUUUUUAAAGGUGGAAGAGAGGACUAUUAUGGUGCUUGUCAUGCCGAGGAGUUGCAAUAUCUAUUUCCAGUAGCAAUGGAGUUGUUCGUCAGCGCCUCGCCCACAAAAAGCGAUAUUGAACUACGCGAAGCUAUUCUGCAGAUGUGGGUGAAUUUCGCCAGAGAAAGCAAUCCAACGCCGGCAAACUCUCCGCUCCCACACUGGAGCGCGGCAAAGGGUUAUCCUGUCAAUUAUGCUCGUCUAGGUCACAAAACACCUGAAGAAUUUACAAUACUACAAAUGGAGCGUAACUUGUAUGGCGAUCGCGUGAACUUUUGGCAUCAACUAAGACCACACAUUCCAGCCGAAGAGCGCAAAAUAAACCGGAAGGACGAACUCUAAAGGUUACCACUAAAAAUUAAUUUGUAAAAUACAAAAUUUAAAGCAUAGUAUUUAAGUGCAGUGAUAGUUUUUUUUAAAUAACAAGUUUGUUUGUAAAUAUAUAAAAAUAAAAAUCUC